AUGACUGGAGCGAUGCUCUCUGAGACGCUCUAUUCUCCGGAUAACAUCUUAAUUGAGUCAGCCCUGCCCUAUUCUGGUACUCUGCGUAGCUCCAAGAAUAAUCAGCGGGAGGCAAAGGCACUUGCUGUCCGCGUUCUGUCCUCCCUGGUCCUCCUGAGCGCCCUUGCACUCCUUAUUGCUCGCUGUGCCCUUCACAUUAAGAAUAAAAAACGUUCCGGAAUCGCCUCCAGGAGGCUCUCUGACCAACACUCGCAUUCUCAAGACUCGAAUGAGCCUUCCACCUCUUCGUCGUCAAACGACUCGGAAUUUCGUCUGCCGUCAUAUGAAGAAGCGUGCACCCAGCAGCAUAAUAUUAUUGAUGAUAAUGAAGAUGUAGGUGCACAUGGCGAAUGGGGAGGAGAUCGCUUGCCCUCAUAUGAAGAAGCGUGCAGCGAUUCACCUCCAGGUACCAGUGGCUGUGCAGUGGAGAGGCAACGACUUUCCUACAGCGUGUCGUACAAUAUCUCGAAGAUAUGCCGAGUGACAUUGUUGUUCAAGGGUCAAGAAUUCGGUGCAGUAAUGAUGGGCUUACAUUAUACUGUUGUCAUUCUCCAAGAAGUAAGCGUCCUCAUGCAGGCUGGCCAGAUGCGGGUGUACGUCCCAUUCAGUGAAACAUAA